UCAUUCAGAGCCACCCAGGCAAGCGCACAGUCGCGUUACAGCCGCGCGGACCCUUCUUGCCUCGCGCGCGUCUCGGCCUGCACCAUUUCGGCCGGGGAGGAGGAGGUGGGUGGGAAAGCUGUGGAGCCGCCUCCGGGGACGCCUGGAAGGGGCACAGCAGGGCGCCGGCGAAUUGAGAAAGGAAAGAGCCCGCCAGCGCCCUUCUCCUCCUCCGCGCCCUCGCCGGCUCCAAGCAAGUGGCCGAAGACUCAGCCGCGUCCACGCCCCAUUUCUUCUCUUCUCUCUCCCCCCCCCCCAAUCCGGCGGUGCCGCAGUGGCCGGGUCCUUCCUCCACCCCCUCGUCAGGGUAACCGUGUCUCGCGGGCUGAGGGAGAGUUUGCAGCGCGCUCGGCUUCUGAGGAGGCGGCGGCGGGGACGGCGAGGGGGCCAUGGCGGCCACCGAGAUAGCGCGCCAGGUGGGUGAAGGCUGCCGUACCGUCCCUCUUUCUGGACAUGUAGGAUUUGACAGCCUGCCUGACCAGCUGGUUAAUAAAUCAGUUGGCCAUGGUUUCUGUUUCAACAUCCUGUGUGUGGGGGAAACUGGACUUGGGAAAUCAAUGUUGAUGGAUACCCUUUUCAACACCAAGUUCGAAGGCGAGCCAGCCUCUCAUUCGCAGCCAGGAGUUCAGCUGAAAUCCAGUACUUACGAUCUCCAGGAGAGCAACGUCCAUCUGAAAUUGACCAUUGUUAGCACAGUGGGCUUUGGGGACCAGAUUAACAAAGAGGACAGCUAUAAGCCCAUUGUGGAAUUCAUUGAUGCCCAGUUUGAAGCUUAUCUGCAAGAGGAACUGAAAAUCAAGCGGGUGUUGCAUAACUACCAUGAUUCCCGAAUCCAUGCCUGCUUGUACUUCAUUGCCCCCACGGGCCACUCUUUGAAAUCCCUGGAUUUGGUAACAAUGAAGAAGCUCGACAGCAAGGUAAAUAUCAUUCCUAUUAUCGCCAAAUCUGAUGCCAUUUCCAAGAGUGAGCUGACAAAAUUCAAAAUUAAGAUCACAAGCGAGCUUGUCAGCAAUGGGGUGCAAAUCUAUCAGUUUCCUACAGACGACGAGUCCGUGGCAGAAAUAAAUGGGACUAUGAAUGCCCAUUUACCCUUUGCUGUGAUUGGCAGCACAGAGGAAAUCAAGAUAGGAAGCAAAAUGAUGAAAGCCCGGCAGUAUCCCUGGGGGACAGUGCAGGUGGAAAAUGAAGCACACUGUGACUUUGUGAAACUAAGAGAGAUGUUGAUCCGCGUCAACAUGGAGGAUCUCCGCGAACAGACGCACACACGCCAUUACGAGUUGUACCGGCGAUGUAAACUGGAGGAAAUGGGAUUUAAGGACACUGAUCCAGACAGCAAGCCGUUCAGUUUGCAAGAAACCUAUGAGGCUAAAAGGAACGAGUUCCUGGGAGAGCUACAGAAAAAGGAAGAGGAAAUGAGGCAAAUGUUUGUCCAGAGAGUUAAGGAGAAAGAAGCAGAAUUGAAAGAGGCUGAAAAAGAGUUGCACGAGAAAUUUGAUCGCCUGAAGAAGCUCCAUCAGGAUGAAAAGAAGAAACUGGAGGACAAGAAGAAAUGCCUGGACGAUGAAGUCAAUGCGUUCAAGCAGAGGAAGACGGCAGCUGAAUUGCUCCAGUCUCAGGCCCAGCAGGCAGGAGGCUCCCAAACUCUGAAAAGAGACAAGGAGAGGAAGAAUUAACCCUGCUGCUUGCUGCAUGGUGCAUGAGGGCGCAUUGUGCUGUUCAGGUUUCCUGUAGAUCCUAUUCUUUUGCGCCAGAAACGACCACCCCACACUCUGAGUUAACAGUGCAAUCUAUCUCUGUACCUAUUUGCCCAUCUCCUCCCCAAAGCAAACACUUGCUUUUUUAUCUUUUUUUUUUUUUAAUCUACCCCCCCCCCCCAAAGAGGCUGUACUCUUCUUUACUGUUUUGGCAAAGAACUCGGCAGUCACUUCUGUGGAGCUGAUAAGAGAAGCUCUGAGUACUUGUUAUCUGUCUUAGCCCAUGUCCUAAGUAAUUCUUUGCCAGCAUCUCAUUAAUGCAUUGAUGUGCGUGUGUGCAUGGCAGGGCAGCAUGUUUGCUUAUUAGUUGCGCUGCGACGCCUGAGCCCUGUCACGGACUCUGUAGUGAAGACAAAAAAAAUAAGUGUAAAAGAUGCCUUCCUUUCUCCCCACCCUUUACUUGUUUAGAGAGGUUAACAGGAUUCCUCCUUAUGAUGUUUUUUUAAUUUGUAUUUAUGUUUUCACUGGCUGUUAUAAAACGUGCCACAAAGGCAUGAUGAAAAAGCCCUAGGAGUGUGAAAAUGUCUCUUUAUAAAAAGAUGCAGUUGAGGGUUUGUAGAAUGUUGGGAACAACACAGGAUAGGUUAUCUCAGUUAAGACCAAGUCAAAACACCAGUCCAUCUAGCCCUGCAUUUUCUCUUUUGACUGGUAGCACCAUUCCAGGUUCUCAGGUAGAGGGUUUUUCAUAUUUCCUGCUUUCUGCUCUGGUUUUUUUUUUUAAAGUGGAGAUACUGAGGAUUGAACCUAAGACUGUCUACAUGCAAAGUAUGUGCUCUACCACUGAGCUGUGAUUCCUCCCCUAACAGAUAGCCCAGAGAGUCUUUCAAGUUAUAACCUAAGCUUCAAAGUGGAUUGGUGUUACUUUUUUGGUUCCAGUUGCUAUGCUGCACAGGAAGAAAAAUGCUCCUGUGCCCAUUGAAUAAUAGCUCUGAUUUGUUGAGUGUCUGCAGGCAUAGGACCUCCACUGUGCAAAUACAGAGAGUUGUGUUCCAUGCUAGUCCUACUCAGAGCAGGCCCACUGAAAUUAAUAGACAUGACUAACUUAGAUCUAUUCAGGUCAAUGGGUCUGUUCUGAGUAGGACAGUUGAAUACAACCCAGAGCUUUCUAGCCUACCUUAAUCACCUCAGAAAUGGGGAAAGCUUCAUCUCUGCAAAGGAAUGUUUGUGUGGAGCUUCCUCUUCCAUCCAGGUGAAAGGAGAUGUUUGUGCAGGAGUUCCAUGUUGGAGCAUAUAUGGGAUUUUUUUAUGUGGAGGAGCUCUCAACUGCAGUCUGAAGUGGUGGCAGACACAGAUUUGCAUUAGUGAGAAGAACUAGGCCUGAUAAAUAGUCUGAUCUUAGAAUGAGAGGGAAACCUUGGGUCAGUGGGCCAUGCCAUUUCAGGCACGGCACGCCCACCUGUCCAACACCAGACAUCUUAUAUGAUAUUGGAUGUGGGGCAGGUGAAGGUGGGGCUCAGUCAAAAGGGGCUCUGCAGGUACUGCCAGCUGGCAGCGCCUGCAAAGCCCUGUUGCACAGCACUUUCCAAGAAUCUGACAAACAGCUGGUUGUCAGAUGUUUGGAAGCCCUGUGCAAGCCCUGUGCUGAGUGCUUCCCAAGCCCUGAGCAUUGGGGCAAGGUGAGGUAAGGAACUGGCUCACUGUACCAAAAAAGUUCCCUGCCCCUGUCCUGGAAUGUGUUUACUAAGAAGUAAGUCCUGCUGAGUUCAGUGGAACUUAACUUCUUAGUAAGCUUGUUUUAAGAGAGCACCAUUAUUUUUCUUGAAUAAAACUCCCAAAACUUACUUUCUUAGGAACAUAGGAAGCUGCCUUAUACCAUUUUGGAACAUAUCCUAUAUUUGUUGAGUGCCAAAUAUACCCGUCUUAUUUCAGUGAAGCAUGCUUCUAAGUUAGUUUUGCAGGAUCAUCCUCUGAAAUCUGAUUAAAUUCAAAGUAUUUCACCUUGGAGUAUCAGUUAAUAAACUAUAUUUUAGAAAUAUUAUCUUUUCUUAUUGCUGUUUAUGUAAUACAUGACUAGUUUGAGAAAUGGUAAGUAUACUUCCUUACCAAAGGUGGAAAGGAGCAAUACAUUUGAAUUUCAAAAAUACCUUUCAUUUUAACUGUGAAAGCUUUAUUUAUAUAUUGGAAGGCUUUGUUUAGAAAUCUCAUCCUUUGGGAAAAGGAAAUCUUAAUUGUUUUUUAAAAUCUGUAACUUUUUUUCUUUAACUUUUCCCCCCAAAUCAAAGUAACUUUUUUUUAAUGAGGCAAGUUUUUAAAAGUGUACAGAUUGGACGUAGGGAACCUUUGGCUCUCCAGAUGUUGCUGAAACAACUCUCAUCAGCCCCAGCAAGCAUGGCCAGGGAUGAUGGGAGUCGUAGCUCAGCAACAUCUGGAGGGUCAAAGGUUCCCCACACCUGGUACAGAGUAUGGUAAAACACCAAAAUGUGUCUAGUUCAAAGAGAUAUAAUAUGAACCAAUGAAGCUGAUGAAUAUAGCAGAAUAAAGGUUAUAAAUAAUUAUGGCCAUAUUUACAUGAAAAGUAACUGGCUUAAUAUUUAUCCAUCCUCCCCAGAGAAUCCUAAGUACCAUAGUUCCAUAAGGAACAGAGGUGCGGCUACGUUUCCCAGCAUUCUUUGGGGAAGCUGUGAUGGAUUAAGUUAGUGCAGAUGUGGCUUUAUAUGUAUUAUCUUAAAUAUAACCCCCCCAAAAAAACAAAUAGAUUCUCCAGAGUUCAUAAUCCCCUGCUCUUUAAACCAGGUUUUUAAAAAAUGGUUGUUAAUGGGGUUUUUUUCAUGGAGUUUGGCAUGCUUGCAGUAUAAGUUCAGCCUAAACCAGAGGUGGAGAAGCUGGUAUUCUCCAGCUGUUGUUGAACUGCAGUUCCUUCAGCCUCAGUCAGCAUGGCCAGUGAUGAUGGGAGCUGUAGUCCAAUGACAUCUAGAAGGCUACAGGAUCCCCACCCUGAUUUUAAACUAGAUCAUCUUGUUUUUUUUAAAAAAAUCUCUGUUGUGAAUUUCCAUUGAAAAAUAAUGGGUUUUUCUUUUGUCUUGGCAGACCACUUAAUGGUUUUCCUGCCUGUUGUAGCAAUUGCAACGCACUGUGCUAGAUGCUGUGUAAUUCUUAUAGCUUCUUUUGUUCCUUAUCUUGUGUUUUAUUGUAUUGCAAUUUAAAUUCCAUAAAAUUCAGAUUGCAAUAUAGUAAAAAUACACAAUAAGAAAUAAAAGAAGCGAUAAAAAUACAUAUUGUCAUCAUUAGAAGCAAAUAUUAUUAUCAAGAUUAAACUUCUUGGUUCUAGCCUUAAGUCACAGACCACUUGAAUGAAGACUGCUGGUGGCCCCACAGGCCACCGUUUGCAAACUCUUCGUGGAAAUAAAGGAGAAGUCGGCUUCAUAACAUAGACACCUGGGAUGGCCAAUUAGUAGACUGCAGGCCAGAUCGAGGCCCUAAAGCCAUUUUAUCUGGCCCACAAUGGCCUUCAAUUUUCAUAAAGGUUUUUUUAAAACUUCCUUUUCAGUAGCAUGGAAAAGAAAAUAAUUUCCCCAGAAGUUCAAGUGAGCAAUUUCUCACUGCAGUCGUUCAUCUCUGUUUUGGAUUUUGUAUACAACAGGCCCGCUGUGCCUGAGCACAUGGGCUCCACAUCUGUGAAUAUAGGAACCUGCCUUAUACUUGAGUCAGAUAAUUCUAGCUCUGUAUCUUCCACACUGACUGGCAGCAGCUCUCCAGGAUUUCAAGGAGGGAGUCUCUCCCAGCCUUCCCUGAAGACCCGGGGAUUGAAUUUGGGACCUUCUCCAUGCAAGGCAGAUGCUCUGCCCUAGCUAUGGCCCUCCCUGGUGAAGCCCUCUCUGCUUGGUGACACCAGUUUCAAUAAUGGCAUCAGACCACUUGUGAGACAGGGUAAAGUUCUCCUUAAGCAAAAGGCACUACUGCCCCAUGGCUCACUCUCUUGAGAAGAAAAUCCUCCCGGCCUUGGGCUACAGAAGCUGGUUAUCCCUGAGACAAACUGCUAAAGAAAGUAUAAUCUGAUUAUAGUGUCUUGGUAUAUGCCCCUCCUCCCCUCCCAGGAAACUUACGUGCACGACCCCAUUUAUCCUUAACUGGAUUUCUAGACAAACAUGUACAUUUAGAACUAUUAGUCUUGGAUUGCAAAGUACCUUUUUAGAAGUGAAAUCAUUGCACUGAAAUAAUUCUUGAGGUCCCCUUAAAUGUACUGAAAUUUGUAUUUCUUUUGUUGCU